UAGUCAGUUGAGUAUUCCUCUGUGUGUGUGACUGUGGGUUGACGAAAAUAGGGAGUUUUUACAGAGAGAAAGAAGAGAGAGAGAGAAAGGGUCUCACCGGAAAAUGGAAAUUCCGGUGAAAAGUUUCUUGUUUUUCCGGUGAAACUGCCGUACUGACGCCACUUUCCGGCAAGACUAAAAUGGUCUUUUUAGUCUUCUAAAUCCCAAUUUUACCCUCAUCAAUCAUGAGUUGAUAAAAAACAUUAGAUUUAAAUAUAGUGAAUUUAUCAUAUUAUUACACCCUUUGAAGUGUUUUGAUGUUUUUAAGGUGGUCUUUUGGAUUUCGUAGUUGAAAUUUAAUGAUAUCAAUUGGAGAUGGUGGUUGAUUCUUAAAGCUUUUCUUGUAAAAGGGGUUGUCUUUUUUUAAUGAUUAAACUACUCAAAGCUGUUUGCUUUUUUUUGCUCUGAGUUUUUGUUCUACUAAUGGAUUAAACAUUUGUUGAAUUUUUAUUUGAAUUUGAGUUCUUGAUUUAAUUCCUUUAAUCCACUAUCAGUUUCAGAGCUUAAAGUUAGAACCUUUUUGGUGAACUUUGUUCAACUUUGAUCAUUUCUAGAACCCCUUUUGGAUGAAAUGGCUGUUUCUUGAUUUAUUUCCUUCAAUCCACUCAGUUUUCUCCAAUUUCAGAGCUUAAAGAUUGAGUCUUUAUUGUGAAAUCUGCUCAUAUUUGAUCAUUUCUAGAACCCCUUUUGGAUAAAAUGGCAGUUUCUUGAUUUAUUUCCUUCAAUCCACUCUCAGUUUCUUCAAUUCUAGAGCUUAAAGGUUGAAUCUUUAUUGUGAAGUUUGCUGAUAUUUGAUCAUUUCUCUAAUCCCUUUUGGAUGAAAUGACAGUUUCUUGAUUUAUUUCCUUCAAUUUCAGAGCUUAAAGAUUGAAUCUUUCUUGUGAAACUUGCUCAUAUUUGAUCAUUUCUAGAAUCCCUUUUGGAGGAAAUGAGAGUUUCUUGAUUUAUUUCCUUCAAUUUCAGAGCUUAAAGGUUGAAUCUUUACUGAAAUUUGCUCAUAUUUGAUCAUUUCUAGAAUCCCUUAAAUGUCAGUUUCUUUGACUCGUUUGUCAUGGUGGUGGUGGGAUGGGAAAGAGAAGGAACCAGUGUCUAAUGGUUCUUCUUCAAUGAAUCCCUUGCAACAAGACUUUGGAUUUGACUUGAAGUUUAAGUCAGUGGGGGGAGCUAAUCUAGCUUCAACUAGUACUGGGAAAGUGAAGAGGAAAUGGAAAAGUAGAGAAGAAAGGAAUAGAUUUGAUAAGAAAUAUGAUGUAGUUUUGGUACCGUCAGAUGGUGGUUGUUUAUCAGGUUCGGAAUCCGAUGACUCUGACUGGUCGAUCGGGUGGCUAGAACCACAUGCCCCUGAUUUCCAGAAUGAUGAUGAGGAUGAUGACAGUUUUGCUGUGCUGGUUCCUUGCUACAGGCAUGAUUGUAUUAGAGAGAUAGAAGAAGAGCCAAACAAUCAGUUUUUGAAUGCCAUUGAGAACCUUUCAAAUGAGUAUUCUGCUGAGGGUAAGAAGUACAUGGAGCAAUGGCUGUCUUCUCUUCAGAAAUUUUGAAUCUACUGCAGCUGGUCGUUGUUCUGUGCGUUAGGAAUUUUCUCAAGCAGGAGCUAUCUUUUAGUGUACGAGGAGAUACGCAAGUUCUGCAUCAAUUAUUAAAUAGUAGUGGCAGCAGGUCAGCAUUUUCAUUUGCGAGAGACAAAUAAUCAAGUUUAUCGUGGCAGUGAUCUUUGGUUAAAGGUUUAAAACCUGUUGUCAUCGUUGAACUUAGGAAUUGAUCAACUUCUGUUGGGGUGGGUGGUGGGGUUAAGGGAUUUGACAUAUGAAGCUGAUUCUUUAGUGUAAAUAUAGCUAAUGUGAAUAUGGGAGAAGUAGUAUGCUUUUAACUGCUGCUAUUGUAAAUAAAUCAUCUGUCUUCCAAAAUCCAAGACAAGUGAAAAACAUCAUUGUUUAUAUCUUGAUUAUACAUUAAUGUUAAAUAUUAUGUUCUCACU